AUGACUGGCCUAGAAGUGGCGGGAAAAAUGAUGACCAGAAGAGACCUAUUGGGGUUUAUUGUUCUUUCAGGUGUGCUGAGUCGAAACCAGGAAGAGGCUUUGCUUAAGGAGCUGAUGAGGGGCUACAACAAGAAAAUACGCCCCGUGGAAAAGGAAGGAGAUGUGACCCAGGUCACACUGAAGCUGACCCUCACCAAUCUCAUCUCACUGGCACACAUGGCAGUACUCUAUUAUAAAAGUGUGGUGGUUUGUAUGGGGAAGAAGGAAAUAAAAAUUAAGAAGAGUGAAAAGGAAAACUGGAAAGCAGGCAGGUUAGAAACUAAUGUUCUUUCUCAGAAAUGGUGUGACUACCGUCUGAAGUGGAACAGCUCCCUGUAUGAUGACUUCAAGCUCCUGCGUGUCCCCUCCAAAAGCAUCUGGCUCCCUGACAUUGUGCUGGAGAACAACGUGGAUGGUAAAUUUGAGAUCACUCUCUAUACCAACGCCCUGGUUUAUUCCUCUGGUUGCAUUUAUUGGCUGCCCCCAGCUAUCUACCGCAGUGCCUGCUCCAUCAAGGUCACCUACUUCCCCUUUGACUGGCAGAACUGCUCCAUGGUUUUUCGCUCACAAACCUAUAGUGCCAAUGAGAUUGACCUUGUCCUGACAACUGAAGAUGAUCAGACCAUUGAGUGGAUUGUGAUUGAUCCUGAGGCUUUCACAGGUACUGUAAAAGCAACUGCACAUCAGCAGUCCUCACUCAUCAAUGAUCGCUACCUGAAGGAUGACCUGGAGUACCAGGAAGUGGUCUUCUUCCUCAUUAUCCAGAGGAAGCCUCUCUUCUACAUCAUCAACAUGAUUGUGCCUUGUGUGCUAAUCUCCUCCCUGGGUCUGCUUGCUUACUACCUACCUGCCAAAGCGGGUGGGCAGAAGUGUACGGUCUCUAUUUCCAUCCUGUUGGCACAGACAGUGUUCCUGAUCCUCAUUUCCCAGAAAGUUCCUGAGACCUCCCAGGCUGUGCCACUCAUUGGCAAGUAUUUGAUGUUUGCUAUGACAGUGACAACCAUCAUCGUGAUGAACUGCGUCAUUGUGCUAAACGUAUCUCUUCGGACUCCCAACACUCACAUAAUGACCAACCAAGUCAGGCAGAUCUUCCUGAACAUCCUGCCACGGUUCCUGCGGAUGCACAUGCGCCCCUGGUCACCAGAGCGCGACGGAGCGGCCCCCACUCCUCGGCGCCGCAGUUCACUGGGCUUCAUCGCCAAGGCGGACGAAUACGUGCUGAAGUCGGCCCGGACGGAGCUGAUGUUCCGACAUCAGAGGGACAGGGAGGGGCUCAUGAAGGCUGUGCUGGAGAAGAUCAGAAACGGUCUGGAGGGGGGUACGGCCCAGGACAUCGACACCAGCCUGGCCCAAGCCUCCCCCGAGGUGCGCUUGUGUGUGGAAGCCUGUAACCACAUCGCUGCCAGUGCCCGCGAGUCAAAUGACUUUCAGAGUGAGAAUGAAGAGUGGUUCCUGGUGGCUCGAGUGAUUGACAGGGUGUGUUUCUCAGUGAUGUCCCUGCUCUUCAUUCUGGGUACCAUCGGCAUUUUCCUCAUGGGGCACUUUAACCAGGCACCAUCCUUACCUUUUCCUGGGGAUCCCCGCAAUUACCUUCCUUAGCAGGUGGAUGGAAGAC